AUCGCCAUGUCCUUGAACUAAAAUUGUUACUUAUGCAUGUAGAUGCUGACGAGGAAUAUGUACAAUCUGUUUAUAUUAAACCACCAGAAGCACACCAGAUUAUUAUGGAGCCUCUUCCAAAAAGGCUGCUGGACAAUAUAAAAGAGAGAUUAAGGGUGGAAUGGCUGAUGAAUACUACUAUACGAGACGUUAUAUUUCACAUGUUUUAUGUAUCAGUAGUUAUAACUAUGGUCCAUGGACAUCGUAAUAUUUAUAGUUCUUUUCUGUGCACCGAAGCAGUCCGGUCACUGUUUGUGAAACCUUCUAUUGGAAUGAAAAUGGGAAAGGUAUCUAACACAGACGACUUUGAGAAAUACCUUCACAGUACAUUUAUACCUGCAAUGACUGAUAUCACAUCAGACCAUGACUAUGCUACACGAGGCUCCAAUCAUUAUCUUGUAGGGACGUAUCGAUUACGACAAUUAAGAAUCAAAACAGACGUCUGUGCACCAAUUAUGUACGGUUUGCCCCAUGAUUGUAAAGGGCCGUACUCCGUGACUGAAGAAGAAACAAGAUAUUUUGACCAGUCCUGGUCCAAACCUUUGACUGGUGUUGAUGGUACUAGUGUUGAUGAUAAAUCUGAUCAUUGGAAAUACCGCAGCACGUGGGAUCUCAAGACUUUGCCAUUUCCUGGGACACAUGGGACGUAUUCCGGUGGAGGAUAUGUGCUACAACUACCAGCAAAAGUUUCCUCUCAUUCAGAUAUUCUUUCUGGAUUAUUUGCAGAUAAAUGGAUAGACCAAUAUACUAGAGCAAUAUUCAUAGAAUUUACUCUAUAUAACCCAAAUGUAGAUUUAUUCACUGUUGUAGUUUAUCUAUUUGAAUUCACUAAUGUCGGUAGAGUAUUCCCAAUAAAUUACGAGUUCACUUCCAGUCUAUAUCAUUACUCGACAGAUUAUCAAAUGGUAGUGUUGGUUUGUGAAAUCUUGUUUAUUUGUUUCACAUGUCUAUUUAUUUAUGUGGAAGUUAAACGGUUCAAACAGUUGGGAAAAGUAAAAUAUUUUUCUGACUUCUGGUCAUAUGUUGAAAUAUCUCAAUUAUCUUUAUCAGUUUCAUUAUUAGGUCUUUUUAUAAAAAGAUUCUUUACCAUUAACAAUACUCUUGCUGAGUUAAAACAGGCACAAGAUAAUGGAUAUAUCAAUUUUCAUUCGGCAAUUUUCUGGGACUUUGUCUUCGGUUACGUAUCUGCAGUUCUUGUCGCUCUCGUUACAUUGAAAACUUUAAAGCAUGUGCGCUACAACAAGCGAAUUAAAAUUGUGACAAAAACUCUAAGUAAUAUUCGCCCUGUUUAUAUCGGAUAUGUGUUUGGGUUUGCUGUCAUGACGACUUCUUUUGCAAGUUUAGGAUAUUCUUUUUUCGGUUACAGUAUGGACGGUUACAAGACGUUCUAUGAUUCGUGGGUAUCUAUAAUAUUAGUACUGUUGGGUGUCGGAGACUUUGUUGGAUUACAAGACAUGUUUAGAUAUGCUGGACCGAUGUUUAUUGUUGCCAUUGUUAUGAUAUGCCAAUAUAUAUUGAUGGUGAUGAUGACAACAGUUUUGAACUUCGGUAGAUUAGAGGCGAAGCACGAACUUUCUAAAAGGAAAAGAAAAAUGGCAUUAAUUAAAUACAUGAGGAGUAGAGUAAAAUUAUUGCUAGAUAUGAAAUAAAUGGUUUUGAGCUGAAAAAAGUGUAAAUAAGCUUUUUAAAAGUAUACAAGAUGUCUUAAUAUGUAUACAUUACACAUCAUCAAUACAUACAUUUAACUUGUGAUCUUUAAAUUGAUUACAGCUGUUUCUUUCAGAAAUUAAUUGUAUUGUUAAUGUACUAAACUGGUUAAAUCGCAUCGUCAGAACCCACGGUACACAUUCUGUACACCCCAAGUGUCUGUGUGAAAGUUCAGUAAUUUUAUUUUCGGUAUGAGUUUGUGUUGUCAAACAACUUAUUUAUCACACAUUAUCUAUACCAGAAUAAGUGGUAUAUACAAGUAUUAUACUGGUUUAUGUCCUCAAUUUUAAGAUGCUUUUGAUUUUUCGAAUUUCCAAACCAUCAAACAACUUUUCAAGCAUUAUAACACACACACCAACACCCUGAACUUUACAACAAAAGGACUCCUCAUGGUAUGUGAAAAUAUUUACCAAUCAAAUGCAGCAGCAAAAGUUAGUGUGUUUUGACACCAACGCUAAUGACAUUUUCACAAGACAGUUGUACCUUAUUCUCAUUUUUAUGUUUGUUUAGAUAUGCAUGUGUUGGUCAUAAUUUGUUAAAUCUUUUUUUUUUUAAAAAGAGUUACAUUGUGCACAUAUAUAGAGUGAAAUUAGAUGCCAAGAGCUUAGAUAUUUGUCAAAAUUCAUUUCAUAGCAGACUUCUACCAAUAUAAAAAAAUGCGGGCUGGAUUAAAAAAAUUAGUUACCCAGUGUGAUGUCAGUAAUAUCAUUAACAAAUUUUCUAGCAAUGUUUCUCAGGUGAGCGAUCCAGGGCCAUCAUUGCCUUCUUGUUUUUGUACUUGGACACAACAACCCUAUGGACAAAACCUUCAAGUUGACCCGACUGAACUUGACCUUCACUCAUAAAUGACAACUUUCAAGGUAAAAGUUUUGAUUUUUGCUUGAAAGUGAAUACAUCUGGCUAUUUUUUGUGAUUUAAGCAAUGAUUGUCUUCAUACUUGGACAGAAGGAUAUUUAUGACGGGACCUUUAAGAAAAUUAAACCUAUUUUGAUGCUGCCACAUAAAUGACCUUGACCUUUAAGGUCAUAUUCAUUUUUGUUAGAUUUUUGCUAUAAAUGUCAAUAACUAUGUUAUUAAUAAAUGGAUUGUCUUCAUACCUGGUCACAACAACCUUGAAGACAAGUCCUUCAAGGUCAACUUACUGAAUUUCUUGAACAGAAAUAAACUUAUUUAUUUACAGGUUGUAUUUGGACGGCGCCAUGUACAAGAUUAUGUUUAGACACCAAUGUCAAAACCGACAUGUUAAAUACUUCAAAUACAAC